AUUAACAAUCAUAGCUUUUAUAUAUAUAGCCUUUAUGUAAUUUUUGGUUUUCAUGUUAAAAUAAGCCAGGCCCUAAGAGAGUGUCAUACCCUUAUAUAUUGUUUACUGCAUAUUCACAAAACUCAAAUACAGAGCAGAAACCUUUAAGAGAAGAUCUAAUAAGAAAGAAGAGGAAAAAAAAGGAUGGUUUUCUCAGUUUCCAUUUUUGCCUCUCUCGCUCCGUACUUAGUCUCUGCGUUACUACUCUUCUUUCUCAUCGAGCAGCUCUCUUACCUCGUCAAGAAACGUAACCUCCCUGGUCCUCUCUUUGUCCCUCCGAUCAUCGGAAACGCCAUUUCACUCGUCCGUGAUCCUACUUCCUUCUGGUUCAAGCAAUCCGACACGGCAGGCACUUCCCCUGGCCUCGCUGCUAACUACCUCAUCGGCAAAUUCAUCAUCUACAUCAGAGACACAGAGCUUUCUCAUCAAAUAUUCUCCAACGUUCGUCUUGAAGCUUUUCACCCUCUAGGACAUCCUUUUGGCAAACAACUAUUCGGUGAUCAUAGCCUAAUCUACUUGUUUGGUGAGGAUCACAAAACUGUUCGCCGUCACCUUGCUCCUAACUUCACCCCCAAGGCACUCUCCACUUACUCUGAUCUCCAACAAAUAGUUAUGCUCCGUCAUCUACGACAGUGGGAGGAAAGUUUCUCCGGCGGAACUAAGCCGGUUUCUAUGCGAGACCUUGUCCGUGAACUCAAUCUUGAGACUUCUCAAACGGUUUUCGUUGGACCCUACCUUGACAAGGAAGCUAGGAACACGUUCUGUACUGAUUACAAUCUGUUCAAUCUCGGAUCUAUGGCGCUCCCGAUCAACCUGCCCGGCUUUGCGUUCAACAAGGCUCGCCGGGCGGUAAUGAACCUGGAGAAGACGCUCUCCGUCUGUGCGGGAAAAUCCAAAAAGAGGAUGGCUACAGGAGAGGAGCCAACAUGCUUAAUCGAUUUUUGGAUGCAUGCAUUCGUCACGGAGAUAGAAUCCGGUAAUCCACCGCCGCUUCACUCCGAAGACGAAGCCAUCGGCGGUUUGCUCUUCGAUUUUCUCUUUGCCGCACAAGACGCGUCGACGUCAUCACUCCUUUGGGCGGUGACGUUUCUAGAAUCUCAUCCGAAAGUGCUGAGCAAAGUGAGGGAGGAAGUGGCCAAGAUUUGGUCACCUCAGUCUGGCCAUCUGAUCACGGCCGAUCAGCUCGCGGAGAUGAAGUAUACUCGCGCUGUGGCACGUGAGGUGGUGAGAUAUCGACCACCGGCAACUAUGGUCCCACACAUUGCUACUAAUGAUUUCCCUCUUACAGAAUCGUACACUAUCCCAAAAGGUACAAUAGUGUUUCCCUCGGUUUUCGACGCCUCGUUUCAAGGGUUUACUGAACCGAACCGGUUCGAUCCGGACCGGUUUAGUGAGACAAGGCAAGAGGAUCAAGUGUUCAAACGAAACUACCUAGCUUUUGGAUGGGGUGCACACCAAUGCGUAGGCCAGCGUUACGCAUUGAACCACCUCGUGCUCUUCAUCGCUAUGUUCUCAUCGUUGUUUGAUUUCAAGAGACUUCAAUCGGACGGUUGCGAUGACAUCAUAUACUGUCCCACGAUAUCGCCAAAGGACGGGUGCACGGUGUUCUUGUCUAAGCGCAUCGUAACGUAUCCGAACCUCUGAUUUGGAUUUUUGUUACAAAUUAUUGGUGAUCAAAGUCAAUACUCAUGAGUGUGAUUACUAUUAUUGUUGUUCGUGAUCGUGAUGUGUCUCGUGAGGUGAGUUCCACUAGAGCGUUAUGUCUUGUUGAAUUUGAGAAGUCAUUGUUUUGCCAUUAAUCUGUACUGUCUUAUUUUGUUUGGACCCCAGUGAUUCUAUAACGUGUUUCAUGUAUUUUAUGUCAUUUUCUCUAUUUUUCGAUUCAAAUAGAGAUAACAAUAUCGCCUCGUGGUAUAUAACGACAGAAAGCCAAAACCGUAAAAGAAUUCACACAUUCUCGGUAUUAUUGUACAUUUGGAUCGUUAAGAUAUACUAAUAUACAUAUACAACCC